GACCAUUGGUAUGCAAGAGAGCCAGAAACACAAAGUGAGUUCACAACAAAACUGAGUGUUUGAUAAAUCUGAUUUCUAUUCUCCUUAGAAUCCCUUUCUGUCUCACAAAGAUUUUGGGGCUUUGUUUUUAUUGAAUCUUGAUUGGAACAAAAACCCAGAAGGGUGAUUCUGAAAGCAGGUGAUUCAGAAUACAGAGAGAUCCAGUUUUUGGUUGUAAAGUUUGGAGCUUUUUGGUUUAUUUGUGCAAAAAACCUUGUCUUUUAUCUGGGUUUUUCUUGCUUUUGUCCUAAACCUCUACCUGUUCUUUGAUUUUGGUGAGAAUCAGGUUGAUUUUCUUAGAAAUCUGUGGAUUUUAGCUUACCCUUUUGUGAUUGAAAUGGCAGCAGCUAUAGAUAUUUACAGUAGCAGCAGCUCAAUGUCACCAGAUUUAUCAGAGGAGCUUAUGAGAGCACUUAUGCCUUAUAUGAAAAGUGCUUCUUCAACCUCUUCUAUUUCUCCACCAACAUCUCCUUCCACUUCUUCUUCUUCUUCUUCUUCUUCUUCUUCUUCUUCUUCCUACACUCCAUUUUACUCUUCUUCUUAUCCCAUUUUGUACCCUGACUUUUGCUCAAACACCCAAAUGUUCCCACAAGUGGGUUUUGAGCAAACAGGUUCACUGGGGCUUAACCAACUCACCCCAUCUCAAAUUCGUCAAAUCCAAACCCAAAUGAUACUCCAACAACAACAGAAGCAGCAAAUUGCAGCUCUAGCUCCACUACCAAACCAAUAUCACCACCAACACUCUCACACCCUCAACUUCCUUGGCCCAAAAGCAAUCCCAAUGAAGCAAUCUGGUACUCCCAAGCCCACAAAGCUCUACAGGGGAGUGAGGCAGAGGCAUUGGGGAAAAUGGGUUGCUGAGAUUAGACUCCCCAAGAACCGAACUCGCCUCUGGCUUGGCACAUUCGAAACAGCCGAAGAAGCAGCUUUAGCUUAUGAUAAAGCUGCUUAUAAGCUCAGGGGAGACUUUGCCAGGCUCAAUUUCCCUCAUCUUAAGCAUCAAGGAGCUCAUAUCACUGGAGAUUUUGGCAAUUACAAGCCUCUUCCUUCCGCAGUUGACGCCAAGCUCCAAGCAAUUUGCGAGAGCUUGGCUGUUAAUUCGCCGAAACAGGGCAAAACAGAGGAGCUCUGUUCUGAAACAGAGACAAAGCCAGUGAUUUCAGCUCCAAAGAUGGUCUUUGAUGAUUCAUUGAGUACAGAUUUGAAAAGAGAAUGGGACUCUCCUAAAUUGGAGGCCAUUUCAUGGUCAUCUUCACCCUCUCGAUCCUGCGAUGAGUCCUCAGCCGGGUCAUCUUCACCGGAAUCUGACAUUACAUUCUUGGAUUUCUCAGAUUCUCAGUGGGAUGAGAAUGAUACUUUCGGAUUGGAGAAGUACCCUUCAGUGGAGAUUGAUUGGUCUGCUAUUUAAAGUCUCUAUGUUGUUGUAAUCUUUGUUAAUUUAGUUUCGUUCUAGGUUGGGUUUUAGGUUCAGUCUGGUGUAUCCAGUAGCCAGCUUCUGCAAUGAAAUUUUUGACAUUUGCAGAGGUUUCGCUCAGUUCACCUAGGGUUUUAGUAAGUGCAGUUACUUGGUUAUAGGUCAAUGGUUGUGUAAUUGUGCGACUUCUCCAUCCUGGUCUGCUGGUAAUUUUUUAUCCUUGCAACCAUGGAGAUUGUGGUGAUCAUUGUAAUAUAUAAUUGUACUUCUUUUCUGUA